AUUCUCAAAAAUUAUUUUGAGUUUUCUUAAUGAACUUUAUAGAUAAAAACGACCCAUAAAAUCAAACACGAUUAAUUUUUCUUAUUAAUGAGACUUCCUAAUUACAACAUUAACCUCUUCAAUCAAGUAAAAAAAAAGUUUGAACGCGUAUUUUUUUAUUAGUCAACAACAGUUUAAAAAAUAUUUUAUUUAUUUAUUAAGGAUAUACAUAAAGAAGCUAUUUUAUUUUAUAUGAUUUCACUUAAUGUUUUUUUACUAAUGUAAAAAAAUAAAAAGCAUGACACCAAGUUCUUUGUCCCCGCAUUACGCGGCUCAAUCUCCCUCAGGACACAACAACCGGGUUCAUCCCAACUACCCUAUCUCAUCACUGAGAAGGGCCUGCGAACGUACCAGAGAAACCUACCACAAAGUAGCAGGGUCCAGCGUGUUCGACUACCAAGCAACACCGUCAGUUCCAGAGAGCUUCGAACAAGGAUUUCAUGAAGAGUCGGCAGUAAACUCCACUUCCUCCCCGUCCUCCACUCAAUAA